AUGAAGGAGUUUAAUACGAAUGGGAGAUUGGCUUAUGGGCUGAAUAGCUCAUUCAUCACACUAGUUCCAAAGAAAGACAACCCAGUGGAUUUGGUGGAUUUCAGGCCAAUUAGCUUGGUGAAUUCGAUGUAUAGAAUUCUGGCGAAGGUUUUGUCUCACAGAUUAAAGAAGAUUUUGCCUAGGGUGAUAAGUGAGAUGCAGAUUGCUUUUAUAGGUGGAAGGUGUAUUCUAGAUGGUGUCAUGAUAGAUAAUGAAGUUAUUGAAUGGUGGAAAUCGUCACAACAAAGAGGUGUGAUUCUAAAGCUUGAUUUUGAGAAGGCUUACAACUCAGUUAAUUGGGGUUUUUUGUUCUCAAUGUUGUCUAACUUCGAGUUCGGGGAGAAAUGGCUUGGUUGGAUUAAGGAAUGUCUAUCUACAUCUAGAAUUUCAGUUCUAGUAAAUGGUUCACCUACGGAUGAGUUUUCACCCCAAAAAGGAUUAAGGCAAGGGAAUCAUUUUUCACCGUUCUUGUUUAAUCUAGUGAUUGAGGGUCUGAACAUGUUGUUGACAAGGGCUCAGCAGUUGGGGCUAUUUAAGGGAGCUAAUGUGGGGUCUAAUGGGAUGAGUGUAUCACAUUUGCAGUUUGCCGAUGACACAAUCAUUUUUUGUGAAGCUGAUCUAGAGGAGAUCUUUUCGAUUAAAAGGGUGCUUAGGUGCUUUGAAGUGAUGUCGGGCCUGAGGAUUAAUUUCUAUAAAAGUGUUGUGUGUGGGAUAGGUGUUUCAGAUAGGGAAGUGUCAGAUUUUGCAACAGUUCUAAAUUGUAGUUUAACAUUGAUUAAAUCGGUGGUAUGUUGUUUACCUUCGUACUACAUUUCUAUUUUUAAGAUGCUUAAGGGAGUGGUGAAAUCAAUUGAGAAACUACAGGCUCGAUUUUUGUGGAGGGAGAGGAGCGAGAUUAGGAGGAAGGUUCAUUUAGUAGGAUGGAAGGAGGUAUCUAAGUCCAAGAGUCAAGGUGGUUUAGGGGUGAAGAGCAUCAGUGAUAUGAAUGCUAACUUUCUUUUGAAGUGGUGGUGGAGAUAUGGUGUUGAGGAUGAUGCAUUGUGGAAAUCAAUAGUGUGCAGUAUGUAUGGAAAGAAAGGUAAAGGGUGGUGGCCUGCAAGAAGGGUAGAAAGUAGAGUUUCUCCAAUUUGGCAGGGUAUUGCUAAAGAUAACCCACUAAUGGUAGAGUUCUAUUUGGAAAAUGCAAAAGUAAGUACUAGGAAUGGGGAAAGAAUUAAAUUUUGGAUUGAUAAGUGGUGCAACAAUAGAGUGCUAAAGGAGGAAUUUCCAAGAUUGUUUCAGUUAUCAGUGGACAAGAAGGCUUCGGUCAUGCAGUAUAGGCAGCAAAGAGCAGGGUCAGGACAGUGGAAUUUAAGGUUUCGAAGACAAUUAAGAGCUUGGGAAGAAGAAGAGGUAAGCAGGUUGAGAGAUUGGUUGAAUGAUGGCCCUGUCGAGAAUGACAAUUUGGUUGAUUUGUGGAAGCUGAGGAAUGAGAAAGUGUUCAUUGGGAGACUUCCUAAUUUUGUUGAGCUGGUAGAUUUAGAGAAGUCUAGGAUAGCUUUUUGGGCAAAGAGUAAUAUUGCAGGGUUGCAGUACUCAGUUCAAGAUAUAGGGUCUAUAGUUUGUUGGGUUACUUAUGCUGGAGAAACAAGAGCAGUUGAGAGGUUUGGAGCUUGGACCUUGCUGGUGCUGAGGAAGUGUUGUUACUGCAAUGUUGUGGUGCAAAGUUGCUCAGUUGUUGCUGUUUUUGUUGUAGACCAGAUGGCGUUACUGUAUGUUAGUGUAGUCCAGAUGGUUGCUGAUUUUGCUGCUGUGUCUGGGAUUUGGGAGUGUUUGUGGCGUACUGCUGAUCUCUCAGUUUAG